AUGAGCGAAAGAGAUGAAGAUGAAGAAAACCCUCUAAACAACGGAGAAAUGAGAGACGAAGACGAAGAAGAAGUUGUCCCACGCACCAGAUGACAGCGCUUCAAAGAUUUUAUGAGCUUUUUGAAAGACUACCAAACUUCAAAAGAUGUAUCAAUUAAAGAUCGCCGACUAGGAUAUAUUUAUAAAAUCAGCUUUGUCGUGAUUUUGCUAUAUUUGAUUAUAGUUGUAUUCUUAAUAAACAAGCAAUACCUAGACAUAGAAAAAGUCAAUGGAGAUAUUUACGUGACCUUAAUUGGCAGUGCAAGAUCUACAGGCGAUAACGAAUAUGUCUGAGAUAUCACUGAAGAAAACCCUUGGGGCCAUGAAACAGUCUCAGCAUUCGUCCCAAGCAAAGUUAUAAUAACAAAAAAACAAACCUACGGCCUAUGUGUGGAUCCUCUCUUAUAUUGCGAAACAGAUGAUGAUUGUGACCCUAUCGAUCUUCCCAAUGUAAUUGAAGGAAACCAUUGUCAGGACACUUCAGAAGGCACCAAAGGCUGUGGCUCUUGGAAAUGGUGUCCUCCCGAAAAUAAUGAUACCUCAGUUAUAUAUUAUCUAGAAGGAGCAUCUCACCAAAUUUUAUGGGCCAGAUGAAAGGUAGAAUUUGACAUGGUGGGUUCAACUACAAAAGAUACAUACAGCACAGAUGAUAUUGAGCUGUAUCCAGGACCGAAUUCUAAUGCAUGGGAAGUUAAUGAUAUAACACUCUUAACUGGGAGCAAUUUUUCAGAUAUCACUGAUAAAGGCGCUGUUAUUCAAGUCUCAGUUGUAGUUCUCUGUGUAGCAAAUCCUUUUGAAGACUGCAACACACAUAUGCAAGCGAGAAGACUUGAUGAAGUGGACGGAGGUGGGUAUAGCAUUCAAUAUGCCCACUACUACAGAGAAGGCGAUACGCUCUAUAGAGAUUUAUACCAUAUGAAAGGUGUAAGGUUUCUAUUCGACUCACUAGGGGUUUAUAUUGGGAUUUCGCUCUAUAAGAUUGUGCUACAAAUUUCUUCAGCUUUGGGUCUUUUGAUCGCAGCCAGCGCUAUCACAGAUGGAGUCAUGCUUUCGCUGCUUAAAGAGAAAUCUCACUUCAGGAUGCUCAAAGUCAAAGAAUCACAAGAUUUUAAUGAAGAUGAUUAA